AUCGGGGAGCAAAAGGAGUUUCACUUCAAACACCCCUGUUCUUCGUCCCUGAGCUUAUUUUUAAGGACAUGGAUGAGCAAAACAAACUUUUAUCCCGCCCCAUCUUCCGCAGAGAUGUGGCCUGGGAAUCUUUCCCGAACUGGACCCAGCCAAGCCGUAUCUUUGCUCAAGAUUUCGGGCUCCCUCCUUUCCUGGAGCCCAGUGACCUCGACUGGCUUGACUGGGCAAAAAAGAGGCUAGCAUCCGUCUCUUGGCCGGGAUUCACACAGUCCCCACUUCUGCCUCCGUUUAUCAGCCAGCCUCGCGAUGAGCAGGACAAAAAGAAAUCGACACAACUAACAACUGGUGUGUCAGAGAUGCAAACUGAUCAGAAUAGCUGGAAAAUUUCUCUAGAUGUCCAUCGCUUCUUACCAGAAGAGAUAAUGAUCACAACCAAGGAUGGGUACUUACAGAUAUCAGGAACUCAUGAAGAAAGGCAGGAUGAGCAUGGAGUGGUUAAAAGGUGCUUCAGUCGUAAAUACAAGUUGCCACAGGGGGCAGAUUUGCAGCACAUCAGUUCAGCGCUGUCUGAUGGAGUCCUAUAUGUGGAGACUCCUGUCUCUGGCACACCUCUCAACAACCCGAGCAACGAGAUUGUUGUCCCAGUUCAGAUCAAACAGACAGAAGAGGGGGAGAAGUGUGCAACAGACCCAUCUGUGUGAUGCAGCCUAAAGAGAUGAGGAACUUUACUGGUGGAUCUUUUAUCAUAAUUUACUACAUUUUCCUGACUUGCAAAGCUGUAACUUCUCAGCUUCUCUAGAUCCUUUUUAGAUAUUUAAAAUCAGAUGAUCACUUCCCAAAACUUUUUCUUUAAAGCACAAAAGUUUUCAAACAUUUGAUGUGAAUAAUAAUCCACAUAAUG